CGCGCCAGUGUUUCCAUCUCCAUCCCCUGCAUCACCGGCGAGCCUCUUCACUGAAUCAGCUGCAGGAAACCUGGAAAUUGAACAAACGUCCAUCUCUCUGAACACCCGUCAGAUACAGCUUUGCUAACAAACGACGAAUAAAUAUUUGACUAUUGAUGGAUUAGCUGGAUUUUUCAACAGAAGGGCCUUCAUCGCUGAGACCCCAAAGAAGAAAGGCAGAUAGGGAAGUAACUGUGUUACUCCAUAAAUGGCCUCAGCACCUCAACGUGUCCAAUAAAGUCCAAUAUGAGCAUUCCAACUAGUUUCCAGGGACUCAGCGUCAAUGUGGACAAGAUUGGUAAGAAAAACCAGAUCCAGUUCUCUCCAUCCGACGAUGAUAAUGCCAAUAAAGUAUCUUCAAUCCCUUAUCUAGACAGAAGAGGUUUGAUUGAGGACGCAGGGUACAGCACAAGCCCCGUUCCUCCUCUGGUCUCCCAGAGUGAAUCCCCAGAUAAGUUGGUCAUUUGGGGCUCAGAACAGCGAUGCAUGGAGCCAGAGUUCAGAGACUUUGAGCUUCUGAAGUGUCAGGACGUACAUAAAUUCUUAGGAGAUAGAAAUCAGGAGGAAACUGAAGAAGAGGAAGAUGAUGGAGGGAGUAUUAGAGACGGAAGAGAUGAGGGUCCCAUGUCCAUAUCCUCAAGUUCGACGUCUAGCUCUGUUUCCAGUGCCACGAGGAAAAAUGACAACGACGGAAACAAAGUGGUGGGCAGGAUGUACGGGGCUAAAGAGAAAAGGAUGGCCUGCCAUAGCAACGAGGAGCUUGACUCAUGUGUGACAGCUUCGAUGGAGAAGAGAGACAACAGGCAAAGCAUGGACAGACAGAAGGGACGUCUGAAAGAAUCCAAGUCUGAGACAAACGUGUUUGUCUCCAGUCUGACGGCUGUUUCCCUCAGUGGAAGCUUGUCUAGUGCAUUGGAUUAUAGCGGAGAAAGAUCCCUCGCCUCUCUGUCCAGCUCCAAGGCCAACCCGUAUACCAGUGCCAACAUGACUACCUCAGCCCAGUCCAUCAGAAGGGCAGCCAGUCAGAACCCCCCGCUGAUGCAUCCUCAAGAAAAAGGCCACCCUCCUGAAUAUUGUAACCAGGACAAGAUACUGGAGGAGAGGAGUCUUUACAGAAAUGUACUGUCUUCUGACGUAGGCCUUGGCCAGAGGAGAAAGGCUGGAUUUGAGGAGAGGGUUCUGCCACCACGACGACAGCAGCUCGUCAGACCCCUCUGUCAGACAGAGAUUGUAAGAGAGAAGAACUUGACCCACCAGACUGAGAUAGUGCAGCCCGCCGCCCUCAACGCCUCGCCAGAUUCAUGCAGAAUGGCAUCAAACAGAAAGUUUGGUAAAUCUUCUUUGCGUGAGCCAUCAGAUUUCUCUCACCUUUACAACGCAUUUGGAGUCAGCCAGCCCAACCAGCCCAACCAACCCAACCAGGCAUCGCAGAACGAGGUUCCACUCGUGCAAAAACAACCAACUACUACCCAGCAUAGAUCUGGACUAGCAAAUCCUUCCACCUCAGAGAAGAGACCCCAGACUCAGCUCACGUACCGAAGAAACUGCUACAGUCCCAGCAGGACCGGGGUUGGUUCUAGUUCACCUACCCCUCCCCACUCCCCUCUCAGGACACCCCAGGGGUCGCCCCGUAGGCCACCUCCUAUCUACAUGGGUUCCAGGAACGUUCCUGGAGUGACCAGGACCAUCCCAGCGGGAUGCAACCCUGCGGCACAGAUGUCGGCGCAGGGCUACGGCAACAGCUGCUUCAGAGCGCCGGCCAAAACUAAUGUAAGCACAAGUGGAAUCCCCAAAGCGCCUCUCCACAACCAGCAGAGCUCCCCCGACUCUACCCCCAGAGAGAGCUCCCCCUCCCCUAAGCUCAAACCUAAAGGAGUUCGCCCCAAAAUCAUUACCUACGUCCGGAAGAAUCCUCAGUUCAAACCACCUGAUGGACCUUAUCAGGUCUCCUCUCUACCGUCAAGGCUUUCAACAUACACCCACAGCCAAGCACCCACUUCCUUCAAAGAUGCAUCUAAGGAAGCCCCCAAGACUGACGCAGAAACUCGAAGAACGCCGGUACUUUGUGCCUCCAAUCUGCUGUAUGAGAAGUACCGCCAAGAGAUGCAGACAAACAUCUUCCCGGGAAUGCAGAGCAGGAGUAUCAGAGCUCCUGGACACACGAACACAGUCCCUCCUGCACAUUCACACAGCCACACUGCACCCCCGAAAUUGGGCAGCAAAGCAGACAACUUCUACGGGCCGCCACCGGAGGUAGGAAGACCCGUCAGUUUGAAGGACAGCUCUGCCGAGGAUUCACCGCAGGGCAGGACUGCUCUGCAGGCCGGGGGCGGCGGCAGCCUCCUGCGCUCUGGCAGGGGUCUACGUCUGGGCCUGGGGGCCGUCACCAGGACGGGCUCAGCCAAGAGCAGAGCCCCCGGUCAAGGACAGAAGUCGGCCCUGGUCCCGAGCCAGCCGGUCCAACCCGUCAGCCCGAGCACCAGCCGGAGAGGCCAAGACACCGCAGGUACAUCAAACUCCUGCUCCUGUCAGCUUUCUGCAUGUUCACGCCGGAUGGAUAUCACCUCUUCUGAGCUCGGGCUCCACGGCCGCGGGGACGCGUCGGCUCCCGCUCAGUCGGGCGGCUCCUCCCGCUCUCCGGCCCGCCUCCGCGGGGCAGCUCCCCCGGGAGUCUCGUCUCCUUCUCGGCUGCGAGCCCCAGAUGAGCCGGUUGUCCUGCACCGGGCCCCCGCCGCCCCCCCCACAGCUCCGGCCCCGUCGGCAGCCUCCAGGUCCCUGCUGCCCAAGGCCAGCCAGUCCGGCCUGCGGCCCCCAGGCUUCAGCUCCAGCCGGGCCCCCGCCGGCCGCCUGGCCGCCUUCGGCUUCGUCCGGAGCUCCAGCGUCUCGUCCGUGACCUCGGCCCACUCGGCCGACAGCAGUCAGAGCGACCCCUGCAGGACGGCUCACCUUUCUGUUGCAGGUGUGAGUGUGAGUGACGACCCCCCCCUCCACAGGGUGACCACCAGCCCCGCGGCAGCGGACCACCAGAGGGGGGCGCCGUGUCGCAGCAACAGCCUCCAGCCUCCGUCCACCCCGGCUCUGCCGCGCCGCUUCCUGCCCCCCCAGCCCCGCAGCUCCCCCGGAGUUGUCAGGAAGGAGUUUCAGCGGAGUUCAGAGGUCACGCGCUCCCUCCCAUCCUCCCCCAAGAGACUGGCAGUGGUUCCUCCCAAACCUCAGUCCCCAGUCCAGCUGGGCCAGCGGCCGGCAGCAGCGGUGAAGGGUUCGACUCCCGCGGGGUCAUCUCACGAUGUGACGCCCCUGAAGCUGCAGCAGGAGCAGCAGGAGCAGCAGGAGAACCUGCAGAGGGAGAAGGAAGAGGCUCAGCAGAAGGAGAGAGAGGAGAGAGAAACGGAGGAACAAAAGGAGGAGGUCCAGAGGCUCCAGGGUCGCUGUGACCAGCAGGAGAGGCAGCUGAAGGCUCUCAGGGACGCGCUGGAGACGACCACGCUGGGUUUAGAGGCCUUCAUCAUCACCGCUCAGCAUUACUGCCUCAAGAAUGAAUCUACGGAAGAAAGUCAAAAAGCACUAGAAGUGGAAAUGCAGAUGCUCAGAGAGGAGCUGGCGUCCCACUCGGCGCGCUGCGAGAGGCUGCAGCGCGACAAGGCGGCGCUGGAGGGCGUGUUUGAGCGGGAGCUGCAGGAGCUGCAGCUGCAGCAGGAGGCCGAGCUGGCGUCGGUGGAGGAGGGGCUCCGGAGGUGCCACGGCGCCGAGGCCGAGCACCUGAAGGCCGAGCACCGCUCGGAGAUGGAGGAGCUGAGGGGUCACCAGCAGGAGCAGAUGGAGGAGAUGUCCGUCAACCACCAGGCAGCCAUUCAGGAGCUCCGAGACAUGCACAACAUCACCAUGGCAACGCUGCACGAGGAGCACGCCCGCACCAUGAGAGAUCUGAGGAAAGCUCACGAGCAGCAGAAGAUGCUCCUGGAGGAAGACUUUGACAAGCUCAGGCUCUCCCUGCAGGAUCAGGUGGACACCCUCACGUUCCAGAACCAGAGUCUGAAGGACAAGGCCCGGCGCUUCGAGGAGGCUCUGAGGAGGAGCACGGACGAGCAGAUCAUCGAUGCUUUAGCUCCGUACCAGCACAUCGAGCAGGACCUGAAGAGCCUGAAAGAGAUUGUGGAAAUGAAGAACCAGCAGAUACACCAGCAGGAGAAGAAGAUCUCCGACCUGGAAAAAGUGCAGGCCCAAAAGAACGUGUUCCUGGAGGAGAAGGUCCAGGUUCUGCAGCAGCAGAACGAAGACCUCAAGGCCCGUAUUGACAUGAAUCUCACCUUGUCCAGGCAACUGUCGGAGGAGAACGCCAACCUGCACGAGUCGGUGGAGAAGGAGAGCACGGAGAAGAAGCGUCUGAGCCGGAACAACGAGGAGCUGCUGUGGCGUCUGCAGACCAGCCCCCUGAUGUCCCCGGCCUCGUCCCCGCUGCACCGCCCCUUCUCCACGUCCCCCGUCCCUUCAUCCCCGCCGGGCACGGGCUGCGACUCCCCCUCCCACUGCCACGGCUGCCCCCAGCAGGCCCAGUACUGCUCCCCCUCCCGCUGGCCCAAUCAGAACCUCUCCCCCGGUCCGGCCACGCCCACCCACAGAGCAGCCGCCAAUCAGAAUUACUCCCCCGGGCCGGCCACGCCCACCCACAGAGCAGCCGCCAAUCAGAAUUACUCCCCCGGUCCGGCCACGCCCACCCACAGAGCAGCCGCCAAUCAGAAUUACUCCCCCGGUCCGGCCACGCCUACCCACAGAGCAGCCGCCAAUCAGAAUUACUCCCCCGGCCCGGCCACGCCCACCCACAGAGGGCGCUGUAAUUCAAAUUCGUUUGUUUCCUCUUUGCAGAGUUAAACCUCCCGGUCUUGACCUUCCCAAACCCCCUACAGCCGUUUGUCUCCAUCAUGUGAAAGUGAGGAGAUGAUUGGACGUCUUUGUCCCCAGAUUCACAUUUCUGUGCCACAAUGACGUGUUGAAGAGUAGACUGUAAAUAUUGUAAAGUUAAAGUCCCCCUGCAUGGGUCGUCACGCGUCCUGCAGUCGUUGAGAUGAGACGUAGCACACGUUGGUCACCUGAACACGACGCGCUCACAUCCCGGCUGUGAUGUACGGAAGAGUAUCAGGGCCAUGCAGGAGAAAAAAUAUUUGAGAGGGGAAGAUUUUUUUUUUAUUAUUGUGCACUUUGAGAAAAAAGUCGAAAUGUCAAGAUUGAUGUUGAAAUACAAUUUUGAGAAAAAAGCCGAAAUUUCGAGAAUAAAGUUAAAAUAUAAUUUCGAGAAAAAAUUCAAAAUGUUGAGAUUAAUGUUGAAAUACAAUUUCGAGAAUAAAGUUGAAAUUUCGUGAAUAAAGUUGGAAUUUUGAGGAUAAAGUUGAAAUACAAUUUCAUGAAUAAAGUUGAAAUG